GCCUGGGAACGAAGAUGGUGCUCGUCAAGGAAUACCGCGUGGUUCUACCUGUUUCUGUGGAAGAGUACCAAGUGGGGCAGCUGUACUCUGUGGCUGAGGCCAGCAAGAACGAGACGGGGGGCGGGGAGGGCAUCGAGGUGCUGAAGAAUGAACCGUAUGAGGCGGAGGGGGGAGAGAAGGGACAGUUCACGCACAAGAUCUACCAUCUGAAGAGUAAAGUCCCGGGGUUUGUGAAAUACAUCGCCCCAGAGGGAGCGCUGACUUUUCACGAAAAAGCCUGGAAUUCUUAUCCGUACUGCCGCACCAUUGUGACGAAUGAGUACAUGAAGGAUGACUUCAUGAUAAAGAUUGAGACUUGGCAUAAACCUGACAUGGGCACAGUAGAAAAUGUCCAUGACUUGAAUGACAUUGAUUGGAAGGAUGUGGAGGUCGUCCCUAUAGAUAUUGCUGAUGGAGAGGACGUGGCCGCCGCGGACUACAAGCCGGAUGAGGAUCCGUCGCUGUUUCAUUCAGAGAAGACUGGCAGAGGUCCUCUGAGUCCAGAAUGGAAGAAUGAGCUGAAAGCUGACUGUCCUAACAUGUGUGCAUACAAACUGGUCACGGUCAAGUUCAAGUGGUGGGGUCUGUCAACCAAAGUGGAGCACUUCAUCCAUAAGCAAGAGAAGCGCAUCUUUACCAACUUCCAUCGCCAGCUGUUCUGCUGGAUCGACAAGUGGAUAGGGCUGAACAUGGAGGACAUCCGGCGGAUGGAAGAGGAGACCCAGAGAGAGCUGGACGAGAUGCGUCCCAAGGGAGAUGUGCGGGGCACCACGGCAACAGAAGAGUAGGUUACUCUAGAGAGACUGGAGACAGGCUGACUUCGCAAGGUGGGUCCGAUCCGAGGCAUGAGUGCUGCUCACGAGCAAUGAGGCCAAACAACCCUCCAACCCCACCAUGACGAUGUCGUCGGAGACGCACCCCGUCGGAGCAGGCCGCGGGCCCGGGCUUCGCUCUGCCGCCUGUCACCCUUCUCACAUGAUUCAUUCUGGGGUUUGACCACAUUGGUAAAACAGUACUGUACAGAUUCUACUCAAAUCAUUAGCCUCCCCAUAACUCUGAAAAGUAAUACAGUUUUGCAGAAUUAUUUAAACAAAAAAAAGGACGAGAAAAAGGAAACUUUUUGCACAGAAUGCAAAUUGCCUGAUAUUGAAUUAUCGUCUGGUUUAUGGAAAUGGUUUUAUUGUUUUUAUUCAAGUGUCUCACUCCUGGGCAUGAAUUAUGAGAUUCCCUGAUAUUUUCCCUUGUAGUAGGGAUAUUUCCUUUUACCUCUGUAAAUCUCCACUAAAUUCACCAUACCUUUCCUCCUCCUUUUAGCAAAAAGAAAUUCCCCUUAUCUCACCGUCCACUCUAUCUGGCUGUUGAGUGGAUCCUUUUUCUUUUUUUAAAGAAACAUUGUAAGAAACUGCAAAGACUAAUAGUGUAUAUAAUGGUGUAUGUAUUUUAGUCUCGACAUGAAAAAUUUGUGCUAAAGCCUGAAUUAAUAAGUUAAUCACUAUUGGUUUUUAACCAUGCCUCCACACACACACACACACACGCGCGCACACGCACACACACACACACACACACACACACACACACACACACACACACACACACACACACACACACACACAUUCAACGCUUCAGCUAUCAAGUGCAUGUGGGAAACGACAACAACUGACCGUUUUGGUUUCUUUGGCAAGAGUGUCCCAUUGUUACUGUUUAUCCUAAUAGCGUUGACUCUGUUGACUUAAGAGAUGGAUAAGUGUCCUCCUGGAUCUUUGUAGAAGGUGUGUGUGUGUGUGUGAUAGACAGACAAUCUAUGUGCUCUUCUGUUUUUCAUGACCUGCCUUCGACUGUUUUAGGAUCGCGGAGGUAGGAUAGUGUAGUGUACGUGGUUGGAGUCUCUCCCCUCUGACCUCCCCACUUCCGUAGCCUGCCUGUAAUGCAUCCUUGAGCAAGAUACCCUAAUUCCACACCAGGCCAUUUAAUAACCCGAUAUAAAGAAUUCAUUAGAUAAUAACAUCUGCUAUGUGACUCAAUGGUUAAUGGUUAUAGUAAUAAUCUCGAAGAUUUUCAUGUACAUAAAUAUCUGUUAAGUCACUAUCGCUGAAUGAGGUAAUACUUGGCCCCACUGUUGAAAGCCCUUGCAUUUGCUGUAUUAUCAGUGUUACCAACUAGAAGUCAGGGGCGACAUUCCCAGGAAAAAUCACAAGCGGUGCACAGUGGCGCAACAUACUCGCCCUUCAGUUCAAAGUAAAACCCUUGCCACUAAACCAGCUGACUGAAGUCCCAGAUGCAAUACUGUUUGUAUCUCUGGGAAGUGAGGCAAUAACACUGGGAAGUGAGGCGGUAAUAUGGCAAUUACCACCAUAGGUGCCGCCAAAGGGAACAAAACGGAAAUCUUGGAGAUUGCCUCUUUAAGAAUUUCAACUUGGUGUGAUUGGUCUUCUGCUAAAAGGACACUUUGACUUAUUCUUUGUGCUGCUCCCUGUCAAACUGUCCUCACACUGUUGUGGUACGGAACCUCACCGUGGCAAGGGCUGAACCCAGUUGUGUCUGUUUGUGUGUGAGAGAUCUUUUCCCUUUUUAUAAUGCCUUUCACUUUAUGACUGACUGAACAUUGGCAGAUCGACAUAGCAGGUUACAGUUGACGAUAGUUUCUGUUUGAUGCAAGUCUUCUCUGUUUGGCAUGAGUAUACUUAUGGAUAAUUUCAGAUACAACCUUUCUUAUUUUGGGGGAAUUUGAUUCAAGAAUGAGGUUGGCAUUAGAGUGUUGACAUCUUGAGGGUGUAGUUCAGAGUUCUUUCAACUCUGUUCUUUCAUAAAAAUGUAAAUGGAUGGUAAUUAUUCACUGUAGUUAGUAUCUGGUAUCUUUGGCCCUCUGUCUUGAUCUGCCACUAGGGGGCAGCUUCCCUCGAGUACAAACAAGUUCUUGAAUUAAUUUGGCCAUCUGGGGUUCUGUUAAAUAUCUACAGAGCAAAGGCUUCGUCCAAUCAUGUCUGUAUUUAGCUUGAGGUUUGGUGACGAUGACGGUUGCACUAUAGUGAUUUUCGUUUUAUAAAUCUGUUCUAUAUUUUCAUGAGCUUUGGUGUUUGAGAUGCGAUGGAAAACAUUAUUUCUUUAGAGACAUGACAAACCAACGAGUUAUAUUUCCCUGACUAGAAGCCUAUAAUAAAUUAGAAGAAGCAUCAUCCUAUAAUGUAGAUAGAAGAUCCAUUCUACCAAUUAACAAUGGAAAUGUACUUGGAUUCAUAUUCCUAUGCUAAGACGUAAGGCAUUUAGCAGAUCUAGUCAUUUUCUACAUUGAAGUAGUAACGUCUAUAGUUAUAUUAAUGACCCUCGAUGACGCGUGCUAUUCCUCGUUAAAGACGGAGCAUGACUACGCACUGCUUCACAAGCCACAGUUUUCACUUUACCUCUCCCCGCUCCUGGGUCUACUGCGUCAUUUAGGAAGUGCAUGUGUCCAACUAAAAGUUUUUUUAUAAAUGCAAGACAACCCGAGAAGUCCAAUUUUAUAUCGUAAGAAAAACGAGCAUGGCGCGUAUCAUUGACGCACAGCAAAUGACCUGGAUGAAUGAACACGGUGUUAUGGUAACAACUCAAGACAUGGAUCGGUUUUGCUCAGUGUUUUUUUUUUUUUUAUGCAAGUAUUUUCUAUCUAUAUUUGUUAUUCACGAUCGUUUUACGUUCUCAUCAUUGCAAAGCUAGAGAAAUUGUUAUUUUUUAAAUGGAGCUUUCAAAAGUAUGACUGGGUUUUUGAAAUGAAUAAAGGAACUUAUUAUGGGAUAGGACUGUAAAUGAUGCCAGAUAGGUCGACUGUUGGGUGAGGUUUAAAGGCUACAAGGAACAGGUUUAUUCCAUAACACUGUAUCUUAAUAAUCAUGUCAAAGCAUUUGCAAAGGCUACUGUUUCUUUAAUGUAUUUAUUUUGUUUGUUUAUUCGUGUUUCUCUUAAUUUCAAGACAAAGAAAAGAUUCACAAUGCACUCUAUUUUCUCUUUCAUUAAAAGAUGAAUUUCAGGGGAAUUGGUAGUGAAUGUAUAACUCUUAGUCGUUUGUCUUAUUUUCACAGUACUCAUGAUGUGACUCAAGGUCUAGAUAAUAGAAUAUCUAAUACAUUUGAACAAAUAAAAAGUUGUUUUGUUUAUUCUGCUCAAGUAUUCUCCAAUCUUUCAUUUG